AUGAAUUUGGAGGAAUACUUUGAAAGAAUUGGUUUCCAUGGCUCUUUUGAUGAACUGGAUCUAGCAACAUUGAAGUUGAUCCACAAACGGCACGUCAUGUCAAUCCCAUUUGAAAACCUCAGCAUGCACUGUGGUGAGAGCAACAUCAUGGACCUUGAUGCCACUUUCAACAAGAUAGUGAGGAGCAGACGUGGAGGCUGGUGCCUGGAGAACAACUUCCUGUUUGGCUGGGUGCUGAGAGAAAUGGGCUACGACACUGCAACGUUGGGCUCCAGAGUUUUUAACAGUUUUCUCAAUGAUUUUGGCCCUUUUGAGUCCCAUUUAAUCAAUAAGGUUGUUAUUGAUGGAAAUGCCUAUAUAACAGAUGUAAGUUUUGGUGUGUCUUUCCAAGUGUGGGAGCCCCUGGAGCUCGUCUCUGGAAAAGACCAACCUCAGGCAGCGGGUGUCUUUCGCCUCACAGACAACGGGGACAUCUGGGUGCUGGAGAAAACAGGUAGAAAUCCAGAGGUUCUCAAUCCAGAGUUUGCCAAAUCAAGUCUGGUGAACAGAAAAGAAAAUAAUCUGAUCUACUGCUUCUCCUUGGUGCCUCGUGAGGCCGAACAUUUCCUUGAGAUAAACAACAAACUCCAGACGGAGACGUCACUGUUCACCAAUAAGUCCAUCUGCUCUUUGCAAACACCAACAGGAUUCAGAGCCCUGAUUGGCUGGACCUACGUUGACGCCACCUACAAACCCGACGAAGGAGUUGACGUCUUAGACAUAAGAAACAUAGCAGAGGAGGAAUUGGAGCAAAUUCUUUGUGAAAAGUUCAACGUAAAGCUGAAGAACAAAUUGCAGCCUCUCAACAACAAGUCAUUUUACACAUUUUGA